AUGCCUCGGGAACGAUUUUAUCAGAAGUUAGGCCUCGACUUGGUUCAAGCCACUCAAAAUGAACUGGAUUUUCUACAGCAGGUGGACGAAUGUCCCUCGCUUUACAAGAGGUCGGCUCUAAAAAAUGCUAUCAGACGAUAUGAAGUGUUUUGGUUGCCUCUUGCUGCCAGAGAGGGUUAUGGGAGCAGAUUCCUCGCCGCUCCACUAGAUAUUGCAUGGGUGUGGCACGUUCAUAUGUUGUCGCCGUAUAACUACGAACAAGAUUGCCUCAACUGUGUCUCAAAAAUAGUUGACCAUGUUCCUCUUGGGGACCUUGAACGCACACGUGGUUUAGAAAAAGCGAGGUACCUAUGGGAAAGGGAAUACUCAGAUGAGCCGUUUGACGUCGAUUUAUCUCAAUCACAGAUUGUACAGAUGGAUUGCAGCAACUCUAAGAUUCAAUACGAUUUAGAAAGAGCGUGUUACCGCCAGUCCAAAUUCUACUAUCAAGUAUCUUUGCCUCAUUACAGAGAUGCUAAAUUUCUGGAGAAGGCUGUUGAGCGAUAUGAACACCAUGUCAUGUUCAACAAACAAAAUCCAGGGGUAUUUGUCGUUCCAUGUUACGAUUUCGAUCUCAUUUGGUACGUGCACCAACUUCAUCCGGUAAACUACAAUCAAGCAACAAAGCGUUUCCUUGGACAGGUGUUACACCAUGAUGAUUCUGCAACGAGCCGCAGUCCAGGAUCUCUGCUGUGUGACUCAGAGGAAAAGACAAGAUCACUGUGGAAAGCUGCAGGUUUGCAAUUUGCCUUGCCAGGGACCAUGUACAGAGGAGAUCGUCCGGACCCUGUUCCUCCAAGAUCAAGGUGGUCGUACGUUCCACUUGCUCGCCGUGAAUAUGUAGUGGACAUUCUUCAGGUAGAAACAUUCAAUAUGAAUAAGAAAACGUUUCUUAUUCAAUUAGAGGACCCCCAACAAGAUGAGAUUUUUUCACACAGUUUUCAAGGUAGGCCUUAGGUUAUAGUUAGCAUUACCUGCCUACCGGAGGGGAGAUACUUUAGGAAUUUCUGGGUGGGGAUGUGCCGCUGGGACCCUGGAACCCUUAACCUAUACCAGAGCUAGUUCAGCUGAAUUUUGCUACCCUAUACUAGAGUAAACUCCCCAAAUCCCCCCUAUCCUAGAGUAGCUGUUUUCUAGAAACUACUGAGGUCACUAGCACAGUCUAGCCAAAACAAAACCUUAUACCACAAUCACUAGUGUAUAUAAAAUCUUCAACCAACUGAUCAGUUUCCUGAAAAAUGAUACCCUAUUCUAGACCCAAACGCUCUGAUUUAUAUACCCUAUCCUAGAGUAAACUGCUUGAAAACCAUACCCUUCACAGCGGCACAUACCUAUAUAGCCCAUAUAUGGCAGUACCCACGCCUGAGCGUAUUACCAAGAACGAGCGCCAUGGCCCUUGUUCAAUCCACUCCUUCAUGUCUUUCGACUGAUAUCAACCGAUGUUUCUAGCAUGCAUUUAUCCGAACAAACACAUCAACUCAAGGCUCGGGGGUGAAAAAUAUAGUCAAACGUGUGUUAAGCGGUCACCCUUUGGGAAUGUCUUACUCAAAGUGACCACCGGUUUAAUGGAGGUGAAGACGAUAAAAAAUAGAUCUGAAGAGAUUAAAAGUCACGUUUACGACAAACGGUAAACGUCAGAUUCAAGGUUGAGAAUUUCGCAGAAUAGAAAAUAAGCAGAUAAAAACUGUCCAGAACAAUUCUUAUAGAUAAAACUGGCGUAAAACUACUUAUUUUUGAGUACAAGUAAUAAACAGAAAACGACAACUAAGGGGAAAACUUGGUGUUGUGGUACAAAGUCACGUUUACCGUUUGGCGCAAACGUGACUCUUAUAAGAGUUUAAGCAUCACGUAUACGGCAAACGGCAAACUUCAGAUUCAAGUUAAGAAUUUCUCAAAACAGAAAAUGAGCAGAUAAAACAGCUCAAAACAAUUCUUAUGGAUAAAAAAAUUGCAUGAAACUACUAAUAUAUGUGUUGAAAUAAUGAAAAGUAAACGACAAGGAAAGGGGAAACUUGGUUACGUACGUGGAACAAAUUCACGUUUGCCGUUAGACGUAAACGUAAUACCAGAGACCUUAAGAUCGAGGUUUGCCAUCUUACCGCAAACGGCAAUCCGCGGUUUGCGGUUAGCGGUUUCACGUUACCAGUCUGCCCGUAUUUAGGAAUUAAGAUUCGUGGGUGGUAGCUCGCGGCUGCCAUGUUUGUUUUUAUUCAUUCGUUCACUCCUGUAUUUUAGCUGAGAAAUCGUCUUGAAAGUUACGUUUCUGGGAAAAAUACGUCACUAAUUAAUUAGCGAAAGAGUUCUAAAAGGAAUAUUUUAUCUCAAACGGGGGAUUGUGAUGUUUUAGAGUGCUAAAAACCUUGCGAUAAAUCACUUACCCCUAGAACGUGGUCUAGCCGUACAAACGGGCUAAAGGAACGGGGAAUGGAGAAAUGGGAAUGGGAACGGGGUACGGGGAAUCUUUAAAAUGGGGAAAUCUUUAAAAAGGGGAAUCUUUAAAAUGGGGAAAUCUUUAAAAAGGGGAAUCUUUAAAAAUGGGGAAUCUUUAAAAUGGGGAAUCUUUAAAAUGGGAAUCGUUAAAAUGGGGAAUCUGUAAAACAGGGAAUCUUUAAAAGCGGGAAUCUUUUGUAAACGCUUUAAAGAUUCCCCUUUUUAAAGAUUCCCCGUUCCCCGUUCGCCAUUUCCGUUCCCCGAUUCCCCGUUCCUUAUUUUAAAGAUAGCCGUACAAACGUGAACCUCAAACCGCAAACGUGACGGGAAGGCACUAGUUACGUGACUUCUUAACGUUUGCGGUUCGCGGGAACUGCCAAAAAACCUCGCUCUUUAAAAGGUCUCUAUUUAACCUCUCUAUUACAUCUCUCUAAUAAAUCGUAAUUAAGGGAAAUGAUUUCCGGGACUUUGGUAAGUGACCGAUUAAUAGAGGUCCGCUUACUACAGGUUUGACUGCACAGUGAUUUGUAUGAAACUAUUCACCCAAGCCAGUCCAUUGAGGGUUACACGUGAUCCGUUGAAAUCCAUCCUCCUUCAAAGGAGCGAAUAUAACGGGACGGGUAUAUAUAUGCUGGAUGGACCAAUUUGGGCUUGGCGCCGGCUUUAUUUGAAAACUUGCGAAAACCAUACGAAAAAAGUGAUUUUAACUGCGCUGAAUAUGCUAACAUCAAAUGUUCCCUUCUACAAUUAGAAUAGUCCAUUUACAGUUACGGGUGCAAACGAAGCUGGAGUUGACCUUGUUUUGAUACAACCCUGGCGCAGUGGUGAGAGCGCUCGCCUCCCACCAAUGUGGCCCGGGUUCAAAUCCCGGCGUCGACGCCAUAUGUGGGUUGAGUUUGUUGUUGGUUCUCUCCUUUGCUCCGAGAGGUUUUUCUCCGGGUACACCGGUUUUCCCCUCUUCUCAAAAACCAACACUGAUGUCCAAAUUCCAAUUCGAUCAGGAAUCGGGUAGACGAAUAACCACUUUGUGGAUGUGCUACCUCCAAAUCAUCAUUAUUUAUUAUUAUUAUUAUUAUUAUUAUUAUUAUGGUAACUAAUAUUUCAGUUAGCAUGCAUGAUUUUCACUAAGAAAAGGAAAGAAGUUUGUGUCAAAACAAGAUCAACCUCAGCCUCACGUUCGCUCAGAGGCUAGGGUACUAAUGCUCAUAACUGAACAAUGGUCUGUUGAAAAAGAAUGCCGGCGUUUUUCAUGUUUUGUUUUUAUUUAAUUUAUAGUAUAUCACUUUAUACACAACAAUCUUUAGCAAUUCCUGUGGGUGAAAAUUAUAGUGUGUUUCCGUCCUGAACUCUGUUAUUGAGCACAAAAUUUGCAAUUUACACCCCCGCCCUGCUAGUAGAGCCUUUCUUUCUCUUGUCGAUGAUUGUUUUCGUACUCGAGAAAGACUCUGCAUGAAUCAAGUAAUAUCCAUGCGCUUGGUACAGUGAGCUAAGUUAUGACCAUCAGUUUAUCAAUAAAGCUGGCCACCUACCCAUCCCCUAAGCCAACAUUAACACUUCCCUCUCACUUAAGGAAAAAUAUUGGUUAAGGGGAGGGGUAGGUGGGCAGUUUCCCGGAAACGUUUAAUAAUCCCGGAAAACUAGUUUGAUGAUAGAGAACAAGAUUGACUAGACCAGAAGUUUGGGCAUCGGAGACUUCAAAGGCUUGACCGGAUUUAUAUAGGCAUGCGCAGAGCUUCCUUUUCUUCUACACUCUCAGGGAAGCAAAGGGAGACUCUGCUCCCAUGAGCGCUUGAGAUGACGAACACUUCUGUCCAUUUCGUUUGUUAGCAGUGACAGAUCCAGGGGAUGGGCCAAGGGGGCCCGUCGCUCCCCCCUUAUCUCAGGGUCUGGGUGACCGCCUCCCCCCCCCCCCCUCCCCUCCUUUCCUGAAGGUCCGGAUCCGUCACUGGUUAGUUAUCACCACCCUUGGUGUUUUGUCCGCUGUAAUAACUCUAAAAGUUUUUCAUUAUUUUCCUUUGAAGGUAACCGUGCGGUAAAGAAUCUAAACACAACGCGUUUCAGUGUAGAUAAUGGCGAAAACCACACACUCACGGCUAAGAUAUACCGCAAAAAGUUACUUUUGCAAAGUGAGUUUAUUGCUCAAUCCUCCGUGAGUGUGCUAACAUUCCUCGAUGCUGCUCCGGUCAGCGGGGCGUUAACUGCUUCUGUUGCAGUUUCCUUCAAAGAUGACGAUGGUCAGUAUAUGGCGCAGAUAACGAUGAUAAUCAGUCCUGCAGCUGUCCAAGAAUACAACUUUGAAUUUAAAACUGGCACUUUCUAUGCUCAUAAGCAUCCCUCGGGGGUUCUUAAUAAUCCCCAACUUGUGCUACCUCCUAAAGAUCUGGCAAACCCGAUCUUGGUGUGCAGUUCAUCUUCAGAAAAAAUAAUUGACUGGAGAGAAAAAGACGCGUUCAACUAUCGAAUAGUCCAUUCCAGUUAUGGACUGAUAUCUGCUGUUGAGGUCCUAAAUCGGGAACAGCAAGUCGUUGCUUCAGCUCAUACCAUCAACCAAAGCGUAUUGCCUCAGGCAGAAGCCGUUCAAGACGCAAACAAGUGCAUAGUCCUGAAUCAAACAGAAGGCGAGAGAGCCAUGCUUAUUCGAGGAGAGAAUAAAGACUGGGGCGUGUGUAUCGGAAAAUGGCAGGAGGAAAUUACACCAAAGGAUGCGAAAAAAUACGUAGUCAAUAGGUUCGUUAGCAUCAGGUUUUUUAAACUGUUUCGUGAACAAGGGUGGUGCCUUGUGAGAAAAUCGGGCGGAAUCUUUGUGAUUAAAGUGGACUCCAACACAGUGAUGAGACUGAACAUGACGAACAGCAAAGUGUACAUUUCUCCACACGCUCAAGCCAUUCCGGAGGUUCUGGCUCUUUCACUGGCAAUAGCUGUUCUUCAUCUGCUCUGUAUGCCUUACGUGCCUCAAGAAGGGAUGGAAUCAAGUCACGAUGACCAGGUAUCCGUAAGGGAUCCGAUCAUAUCACCCAUGUUACUCGCUGCUGGUUUCUAUUGUCGUAUUGUGCCCACUAAUGUGUACAUCAAACGCGUACUCGGUAAAGAUUCCUGCGCUUCCUGUGGAGGCUACUAUGGACUUGCUACUUAUGAUUUCAAUGAAGAUCCGGUUCGUGAGUGGAACAAAGGACCGGUAAGCAGACAGGGGAGCUCGAGUGAACGUGCUGAUGAUCAAGAAGAAGAACUUUAA